UAAAAUGGCUCCAAAUGCCGGAGGGAUUGAAAAUUAUUGUCGUUUAUGUGCAGUUGAGGGGAACGGUGGUAUUUUUAUUUACAGUACGGAAGGCAUGGGACUGUGUCUUGAAGAAAAGAUAAUUCAGUGCUUGAGAAUUGAAGUAUCUAUGUACGACCAUCUACCGAAGAAGGUUUGUGAUAAAUGCCAUAAUCAACUUGAUGAUCUGCAUAGGUUCACUGAAAGAGCAACAAGAGUUCAGCAUACGCUAGAACUACUUCUGCAGAUAAAAGCAAGAUAUAAUACAUUGGUUGUGGAAAAAGCCCAUGAUGACCAACCCAUAGAAGUCAAAAAUGAUCCUGACGAUAUGCACAUCAAGGAUGAAAUGCUGGAAUUGCCACUUAAUGUAACUUUGGAGUCUGAUACUGAAAAUGAUGUGGAUAGGAAAACUGACAGCUGUGAAGAAGAAUCCAAGACAGUUCUAGAAUACAAUCACAACACCAGUGACAGAGAUGUCAGUACCUCUAGCCAGAGCCAUCAAUCUCCUCAGAGACGCAGAAAACUUCCACAACCAAGGAAAGCCCACCUGUCUUCUAAGUCCCAGAACAUUCCAAGAAGACGCACUGUACAACAUAUAAAACCUCACAGUUCAAGUGGGGAUGAUGAUGGUGAUGAUGAUGACAAUGAUGGUGGUGAUGAUCACCAAGAUGAUGGCGAUGGUGAUCGUGAUGAUGGUAAUGGUGAUAGUGAUGAGGACUCAGUUGGAGAAGGAGAAAAGAAAGAGUGUGAGGAGGAAAAGCAUGAAGACAUGAAUGAAAAGUUUAGUGAUGAAAGGCUAACUGCAGCAGAUGAGUCUGAAGUAAACGGUAUGAAUGGUAAUGUUAAUGGAGAUGAUUUUUGUGCUGAUGAAGAUGAUAAUGAAGAACAGAAUGAUAAAGAAGAAUGGAAAACACAUUGGGGCAUAAAGUGCAACCAGUGUGACCAGAUAUUUCCUUUCAAAUCACAGUUUGAUAAACAUUACAUUAAUUCCUAUGAGAAGAAACCUGUAUACACUUGCUCAUACUGUAAUAAAAUGAUGGAGAAAUAUUCAACAUUCAGAUCACAUUGCUACAGGCAUGUUACAGAAGGAAGAUACAGGUGUGAUUACUGCCAGAAAGGCUUCAGUUUAAGAAGUAUGUUACGUGUCCAUGUGUUGGCAAAGCACACAACAGUAAAACCAUUUAUCUGUGAAGAAUGUGGUAAAGGUUUUGUUACAAGACCAGGUCUCAAUAUCCAUCUCAAAAAACAUAAAAGUGAUGAAAAGAUGGAGUACCCCUGCACUGACUGUGGUAAAAUCUUACACACUAGAGGUGGUCUGACAGCUCAUCAAAAUGUUCAUAAAUUAGGUCGACGUUUCAUGUGCGAUGUUUGUGGGAAGACUUUCACACAGAAAGUAAACAUGCAGCAACAUGUGAAGCAUCACACUGGGGAACGUCCAUAUGCCUGUGAAAAAUGUGGAAAGUGCUUUGCUGAAAAAUCACACUUAAAUCGUCACUACAGCUUUCACAGUGAGAAGAGGCCUUAUCAGUGUCCUGUCUGUCAAAAAAUGUACAAAACUGAACGGUGCUUGAAGGUCCAUGCUAUGGUUCAUGCUGAAGCGAGACCUUAUGUUUGCACAUAUUGCAAUAAAGGAUUCCUUAGCACUACAAAAUUAAAGCAACACUACAAUAUCCACACAGGCGAGAGGCCAUAUGCGUGCAAAUUCUGUGAAAGAACAUUUACAAAUUACCCCAAUUGGCUGAAGCAUACACGUAGACGUCAUAAGGCUGAUCCUCGAGGAGGUGUAAUGCAGCAGCAGUCACAGCAGCAGCAGUCGCAGCCACAGCAGGCACAACAUAUCAUGCAGCCACAGCAUUUGAUUCAACAACAGCAAUCUCAGCAACAAGUUCAGCAACAGCAGCUACAAUCAGGCAAUCUUGGAAGAGUCAAAGUUGGGCAGAGAGUGCAAGAACUGAAAACACUAGACUAAAAUGUAAACUUUAGGAGAGAAAGAGAGACUGGAAGAAAAAGGCAAAAUAAAAUAUGUAGAAGGGAAAAUAAAAAAAAUUACAGGAUGGAAAGGGACAGAGAAACAGAUUUGCUUGCUGGGAGAGGGAGAGGGCAGUUGGGAAAGAAACUAUAAAAGAGAGAAUCUCCAGUUAAUAGCAAUCAGUUGUGGUUGCCAUACCAACAGAAAAAGAUAGAGGGGUUGCAUGUCAGCCAUUGGUUUCUUAGUUUUGUUGGAAUAGUUUAUAAAUGUGAUGCAGCUAAAAUAUGUAGUGGAUGAAAUUGUACAGGAAAAGUUUUGCAGUUAUAAGAUAAUGGGCUGAAGAUGAUUCCAAAUCCUCACCAGGAGAUUUAAUAAGUUGUAAACAAACUAAUGUGGGUGGUCUUCCUUUGUUAUUGAAUUUACUUGUAUCUUCACUUAUCUUUUGUUGUUCUUGCAUGUCAUUUUCUUUUCAAAGCCUUCCCUCCCAUUAUAUAUAAUUUGUCAACGUCUCUCAGUGCCACUUGUCUUUAACUUCAUAGGUAUUAGAUUUUUGAGAGUGACUGACAUUUCACUGCUGCUUUCUUUGUUUACUGCUCCACUGACUGAAGUUCCAUUUUGUGUAAUGUUUUACUUGCUAACUAAUUCAACUCAUGUAAUAUUGGUCAUGCUCUGUCAAGAUUUUAAGUGACCAUAUAGUGGCAAAGAUUGCUAUAAUUGAUAUCAAUUGCUUACAAUACACCAAGUGAGUGCAGUAGUUGUUUUAACAAGAAGCUUUCAUUGUGUGGGACUGCCACAUAUUUACAAGAAAUUAAGAGCUUUACAGUUCUUCUUUUUCUUCAUUUUUAACUGCCUGAAAUAAUGUGUAUAUCCAUUAAUAAUGUAUAUGGCCCAGAAAUGUGUUUCAAGGCUGUAAUAAUUUAACUAUUUGUCUUUCUGUUACUAUUAGACAUUCAAGUAAUUGUAGUUUUCUGCAAAAAAAACUUGCUCUAUUUUUAAUUUGAUAUUCUGAUGAGAUGAAAACAUAGUUUCAAGAUAUUAAUAAGGUGUAGUAUUUUCUACAGAAAAUGUCAAAAGGACUUAUAUCAUUUGUAUGUAUCCUUAGUUAUAAAUUGUUAUUUUAUCUUCAUCUCAUCGAUGAACUCAUUAAUUUCUUUUAAUAAUCUCAUGUAACUGUAUCUUCAAAGUUUGGAAAAUUCUAAAUUUUACCAUUGAAGAUAGUAUUACAUAUUGGGUAAUUGCAUUUUGCAGAAUCUGCAGGUAUUAUGAAGGCAUAGAAAUCAGCAGAACAUUUGAUAUGUUACAUUUAUUUAUGUAAUGAUGUGGUCAUUGUUUGCCUUACAAUAGCUCAGGCUAUCGAGAAAGGACAUACUUAUAUUCUGUGAAUAUAAUACUCAUAAGUCUGGUAUCAGUUCAUCACAGGAUUUUUUAAAUGUGUGAAAUAAAGUGCUUUAUAUUUUUUUUGAAA